AUGGAGAUAAAGAAGGUGUGUAAAGACCAUGAGGUUAAUUUGGUAGGGCUGUUCGAAACCAAGGUUAAGUUGGAUAAUUGUGCUUCUAUUUUUGAUAGUUUUUUGACGGGUUGGAAGUAUUUGCAUAAUGGAGAUCUUGAUAACUCUAUUCAGAUCUGGCUAGGUUGGGACCCGAAUUUUUAUGAUGUGGUUUUGGUGCAAAAAUCCAAACAGUUCAUACAUGCUAAGGUGUCAAUUGUGGGUACCUCGGUGUUUUUCUUUUGUACUGUUGUUUAUGCUCUUAAUUCUGUGGUUGCUAGGAAGGAAUUAUGGGAGGAUGUUGGGGCUAUUGCUAGUGCCAUUAUUAACCCUUGGGUUGUUCUAGGGGAUUUUAAUGUGAUUCGAAGUAACAGUGAAAAAAUUGGAGGGGACCCUGUUCGGAUUGAAGCUAUGGAUGAUUUUAAUUCGUUUAUAGAUGGUGCUGGGCUUCUAGACUUGAAAUGGAAAGGGGAGGCUUUGACCUGGAAUAAUAGACAAGUGGGAGAUGCAAGAAUCUGUUGCAAGCUUGAUAGGGUUCUGGUCAAUUUAGCUUGGAUGGAUGUGUUUAGAUCCUCUGAUGCAACCUUUUACCCUCCCGGGCUUUCUGAUCAUUCUCCAGUGGUGGUGGCUGUGGUGGAUAAAGCAGAUUUUGGCCCAAAACCUUUCAGAUUUUUUGAGGCUUGGAUUGGUAGACAUGGCUAUGAUGAGGUGGUUCGGCAAGGGUGGGAGCAGCCUAUGAAUUUGGCUCUUAAUCCCAUUCUUAAGUUUGCGGCCAGAUUGAGGAAUGUCAAAGAAGGGUUGAGGAGCUGGAAUAAGGAGUGUGUGGGGGAUGUUUUUCUUGCAGUGAAGGAGGCUGAGGCUGAGGCUGAGUUGUUUCAGAUCCAGAGGCAGCAUAGGAAGCACAUCCUGGAAAUUCAAGGGGAGAAUGGAGACAUUGUGAAGAAUCCUAGCCAGAUUAAGGAAGAAGCUAUUUCUUUUUAUAAGAAAUUAUUUGGGACUGAUUCGGCCGAUUGUGGUUUCUUUCCUAGCUCUAUUCCUUUGAAGCAUGGUCUGUCUCAAGCCCAUCAGGAAAGCCUUACUAGGAGAAUCUCUAAUAAGGAGAUUAUGGAGGUUGUGUUUGCUUUUAAGAAUUCUAAGGCUCCAGGACCAGAUGGUUUUGGAGCAGCCUUUUACAAGCAUUCUUGGGAGAUUGUGGGAGAAGAUUUGACUCUGGCUGUAAAGUGGUUUUUCAUGAAGUCUUACCUUCCUAGUUCGGUUAAUGCUACUUUUAUCAGCCUUAUCCCUAAGACAGGAGAUGUAACCUCAUUUGCGGGAUAUAGGCCUAUAGCCCUUUGCAAUCUCUUUUACAAAAUCAUUACCAAAGUGUUAUCCAAUAGGCUGCAAGGAGUGAUCGGGCAGGUGGUCAGUGACUGUCAGUCUGCUUUCAUCAAGGGCAGGAGCAGACUUGAUGGAUGGAAGGCUCGGCUCUUAUCUUUUGCAGGGAGGCUUCAGCUAUUGAACUCAAUCCUUCAGGAGUGUUAUAUCUAUUGGUCAGGACUCUUUGGUUUGCCUGGUGCUCUCAAGACAAAGCUGGAGUCUAUGUUCUCCAAUUUUCUAUGGGAUGGCCCAUCUCUUCAUCGUAAG